AUGGUGGCGCCCCAGGUUGCGGGAGCGAGGGCUGUGCUGGGUUCCGCGGUGCGGGCAACCCAGCAGGCCGAGGUGAAGCACCAGGCGGCCAAGGAGUUCUUCAAGGAGGUCUGCCGUUGCCUGCCCUGGGUGGCCAAGAACUACCGGCUGGAGGAGCUGACCUCGGUGCAGCAGCUGCGCACCAAUGUGGCCAGCCUGUUCCGCCAGUACAAGGAUGUGCAGUCACCUGAAGUGAUCGACCUGCUGGUGUACAAGGGGCGGGAGGAGCUGGAGAUGAUCCUCAUGCAACACAAGCAGCGGCACCAUAUUAUCACCCAGUACAUCCACAACCCCGCCAAGGACCGCGUGACAAAGCCCACCACGAUGUCGCCCUUCCUGCAGCAGUUUUACAAGAGCAACUGA